CCCGGGCGCUAUGCAUUACACUCAUUCGUAAACAACAGAGUACCCCGAGUCUUUGUUUUUUUCUGUUUAUUUUUUAUCGGGUAUUCCUUUGUGGCCUUCAUAUUCGUUUCGUUGGGACGUUUUUCAUUUUUGUUUCCAACGCGCUUGAAGCAGAGACGACAAUCUCAACUCCUCGCUAUCUACCCCAAGCAAGCUAGAAUGUUGGAAGGCUGGUAUUGUCGAACUUUGAAUGAGCAGGAGCAAUCCUCUCAGCCUGUCCAAAGUGACCAAAAUAUAGAGGUUAAUGAUGAGACGGAUUCAUCAGCAAGCCAGGACAAUGAAGAAAGUCACCGGGGUCAAUCAACUAACAACAUUGACUACAAAUCUCAAUACAGAUACCUGAAACGAAAGCUUAAGUUUUUAAUAUACGAAAACGAGUUUUUUCAAGACGCUCUUCGAUCCAAUCAGCGGCGGUUACUAAAGGUGUCUCGCGAUAGAGCAUUUCUCCUAGAUCGGUUGCUGCAAUAUGAAAAACCGGAAAAUACCUCUUCAGAGAGUGAAGAAACAGAAGAGUCUUCCGAAGAUGAAGCAACGAAAGAAGUCAAGAAGCGCAAAACCGAGGUAUCAGCAAGUCUUUCAACUCCUGGAACAUCGAGAGGAAGGAAGAAGAAAAUAGUAGCAACAGUCACCCCGGAUACCUCUUGCUUAAAAGUGAAUCCAUCUCAACAAAGCAUUUCAGAUGAUCGUCAACAACCUAAGACUGAGGCUGAAUCACAUUUACCUAAUGGAACUGUUUUGGAGCUGAUGUCUGAUCAAAUCACUAUAUCCAAAGAAAUGUUUAGUAAUGAACCCUCCUUGGAUAGUGAACCCAAUGAACUUUUAGUCGAAUGCUCUUCACCCUCUCAUGUCGCUGCAGAAGAAUGUGUUCCUAUGGAAUAUAGCAAUUAAAGCUUUGUAUAAGUUUGGUUUAAAUCUUCAUUUAUUUCUUACUGUAUGCCUGUAUUGCGUCUAUAUUUAUGUACGUAGGGGUGGAUAAUUUAAAAUAUAAUAAUCAGAUGUAUAUUACGAUUUAAA